AUGACUUUGACAGACGCGGAGAAGACUGCCGUUGUAGGUUCCAAUGAUGGCAGCGUGGCAUCUGAGCUGCGUACAGUCGACGAAGUCAGAGACCUUUUCAAGGAGCGCUUGUGUCUAAAGCUAGAUCUUCACAUCCUGGUGCCGAUGUUAUUCCUUAAUAUUCUAUCGCUCAUGGGCCGGACAAACAUCGGCGCUGCCCUCAUCCAGGGGUUGCCAGCUGACCUGCACCUCACUGCGAUGCGCGUUUUUCUGGCCACCACUAUGCCGCUCGUUAUGCUUAUUCUCUUCGAAGUUCCUAGCAAUCUUCUAAUGAAAUGGCUGGAGGUGAAGUUUAACCUCAGCUAUUUGCGCUACCUCAGUUUGAUCACCGUUUGUUUAGGUAUUGUGACUCUAGGUCAGGCAUUCGACAAGAGUUACAGUGCGCUCCUGGCAACGCGAUUCCUCGUCGGCAUAUUCGACGCUGGUUUGAUUCCUGGUUGUGUCUACGUCUUGUCCCUUUACUACCCAUCCAUUCAUUUGCAAUGGCGCAUGUCCAUGUUGAUGGUUGCCAAUCUGAUCAGCAAUAUUGUUUCGAAUAUCCUGGCUUUUGCUAUUGCUGAAAUUCACAACCACAAUGGCUGGCAUGGAUGGCGCUGGAUUUUCCUUGUGGAAGGCUGUCUGACCAUUGCGGUCGGCUUGGCCUGCUGCUGGAGUAACAUUGGUCGCCCGGAGAAAGCAACCUUUCUCACUCAAGAGGAGAAGGACAUCAUUGCAUCGAGUGCUGAGUCACGAGUCUCCACUAUUGGCUAUCUUGCUGAGUGGAAGGUCUUUUUCAGCAACAUUCUAAAUUACGUCUGGGCCUCGCUCUACGUGCUGACCUGCUCAACCACCUACUCCGUCGCCCUCUUUUCACCAUCCUUCGUCAAGAUCUUCCGUCCGCAUUACUCCGUUCCAGAGGUCCAGGGCCAAGUAGUCCCGAUUUUUGUUGUGUCAGCCGUAGCUGCUCUGCUCGUUGCCUGGCUUGCUGAUCGCACUAAUCAUCGUGCAGGUUAUGCCAUAAUUGGCUAUAUUUUCACGAUCAUCGGUUAUGUCAUCCUUCAUUUUCCCAAGCGGGAAACUUCGUCUGUGUUGAUGCUAGGCUUAUACUUCAUUUCCAUUGGCACAUUUAGUUCACUACCUAUGGUUUGGACAUUGACCACGCUCAACCUUGCCACGCCACUACAAAAAGCCAUCGGCUCAGGUUUCGUCAUCGGUGUUGGUAAUAUUGGUGGUUUCGUUUCAGCCUGGAUUUUCCGUACCUCGGAGGCACCGUUCUACACCUCCGGCAUGGUCGACGGUAUUAUCCUUACCUCCACUGCCGCUGGAAUUACUGCCGUUGCCUGGGCUUACAUCACAUGGCACAAUAAGAGGACUUCUCGUGCCUCGGAAAGCAUUGAAAGCUUGAGCAGCGGCGUGGUGUUCAAGUAUCGUUCUUGA